AUGUCCGCUAAACUCCAUGAAGCUCAAGAACAUUGCAAGACUGCAGAAAAAUUUUUGAAGACAUCUUUGCUGAAAUGGAAACCAGACUUUGAUUCUGCUGCUGAUGAGUAUAAUCAAGCAGCUCAGUGCUAUAGGAUUGCACGUGAUGUUAAGAGUUCAAAAGAGUGCUAUUUAAAAGCAUCUGAGUUUUACAAGAAGAACAGAGCAUUCUUCCAUGCUGCUAAAGCUAUUGAGAAUGCUAUAAUAGUUAGCAAAGAAGUGGCAACUACAGAUGAGUUAUAUCAAAUGGGCUUGGAGUCCAGCAGUCUGUAUCAGCAACAUGGUUCCGGUGAUUCUGGAGCCAAUAUUUUGGAUAAGGCGGCUAAAAUUAUUGAAGGUAGAGCACCAGAAUUGGCAGUAAAAUUGUUCCAGCAAGCUGCUGAUGUGUCAUCGACUGCAAGUAGCCAACAUCAAGGGUCUGAGUAUAUCAGCAAAUCUUCGAGAAUACUUGUUAAACUUCAGAGAUAUGACAAAGCUGUGGACAGUCUGCGCCGCGAGAUCGGUUUCCAUCAAGAAGCCGGUAACAUGAGUGCUAUAGGCAGAUUAACUGUUGCUAUAGUAUUGGUUCAAUUGGCCAGAGGUGAUGCAGUUGCUGCUGAAAAAGCAUACAAAGAGUGGGGAAAUAACUGCGAAGUGCCAGAGAUGCAGACCCUUGAGCAGUUGUUGCAAGCAUAUGAUGAAGAGGACCGUGAGUCAGCUAAGAAGGCAUUGUCAUCGCCUUUCAUACGUAGUAUGGAUGUAGAGUAUGCGAGGCUCGCCGGGACCAUCCCCUUACCAGAGGGUAUAGAGCCUGCCCCUAAAGCCAGUGUGAGGGAGAAUGCAGCUCCCUCAUAUGUUAGUGCCAACGCCACUUAUAUGCAAGAAGAUAAUGGUGGAAUGCAGUUCCAAAGCAGUGGUAAUUCUGCAAACGACAUCGAAGAAAAGAAAGAAGAAAAAGAAGAAGACGACUUGUGC